AUCGCAGAUCGAUAUCUCAUCAGAAUCCACUUGGUGCCCAUAUCGCAUGUCAUAAUGUCAAAGUCGGAUUUCCCUCCAGCCUAUGAAGAUGCACUACAUGGCCCCAGGCCCCGGCAUGGGAACUACCCACAGCCCCCACCAGCAUAUGGACCAUACCCUGCUCAGUCCUCAGCACAAUACCCAGGACAAGCAGGGUACCCUCUGGGCUACCCUCCAUCUGGGAUGCCUUAUUCCAUUCCUCUAGGAAUGCCCACCUCCAACACAGUGGAAGACGAUGAAUUUGCAUAUUCUACAGCAUGGGAAAGCAUUUCCAUUCGACAUGCAUUCAUCCGAAAAGUGUACUUAAUAUUGGCUGCUCAGCUCAUCGUCACUGUAUCAAUUGUGGCUGUGUUUACAUUUGUUGAGGAAGUCCGUGCGUUUGUCAUUAGGAACCCAGCCGUGUAUUGGGCAUCUUUCGCUGUUUAUUUUGUCACUUACUGCCUUCUUGUCUGCUGCAAAGGGCCAGGGAGACGCUUUCCUUGGAACUUUGUGCUGCUGGCCAUUUUUACACUGGCCAUGUCCUACAUGACAGGAACAAUAUCAAGCUACUAUGACACAAAAGCAGUGUUUCUGACCAUUGGAAUAACAGCAAUAGUGUGCAUAAUUGUCACCAUCUUCUGCUUUCAAACUAAGGUGGAUUUUACAUCGUGUGGGGGACUUUUCAGUAUUCUUGCCAUCGUAGUCUUGGUUACUGGGAUCAUCACAGCCAUCGUACUAUCCUUUAAAUAUGUCCCAUGGCUUCAUAUGCUCUAUGCUGCAAUUGGAGCUGUCGUUUACACCCUGUUUUUAGCAUACAACACCCAGCUUCUCAUCGGAAACCGCAAACUUUCCAUCAGCCCAGAGGAGUAUGUUUUUGGAGCACUUUCACUUUAUGUUGAUAUUGUCCAGAUCUUCAUUUUCCUCCUGCAACUAGUUGGGGCUUCCACAGAUUAAAGGCAGGAGGAUGACAUACGACCUAGUGUGGAUAGAUCCUACUUAUAUUGUAUUUUUUCACCUCAAACUGUUGCUGCUCAUACAGGACUGUAAAUUAUACUUAUUUUUUUGUCUUUUAAUUCCAUUAACAUAACCCUAUGAGAGUGCUGCAAACUUUCAAUUAAGAUUAUAUAUUUAUAGUAUAUUUACUUAUUAUUCCCAGAAUGGAUGUUGGUUAUGUGAUGAUUUUGUAAGUUAUGAAUGCAAUAUGCAUACAUGAUUGUCUGAAUCGCAUUUGAUUUGACCUACAUAUGUUUAAAAUACAUUUCGUUGCCUUUUUCCUUAAACUGUAAGAAUGUAAAACAUAAUUAAUGCAUUGUCAAAAUGUCUCAAUAAACUGUCUUUGUAUGC